GAAAGCAGAAAUAUAAUAUCGCACCAGUAAUAUGAGUUUUAAAGAUUUCAAGUGGACUCGAACUGGUUGGCCAGUAGGUGGCAGCAUAAGGAGUAACAAACGAGACACCUCAAUACUUGUAUUAUAUCUCUCACGCACCGUGCGUUCGUCAAUGACAGUCAUGGAAACGACGUUAGACUUGGCGACUCUAUAAAUUGCCGUGACCGUCGGAAUUCUUCCCCUUUGCGACUCGACUUUUGAAGGACACGCCUGAAAGAGCCUUAACAGCCCCGGAAGGUUUGAACUUGUUGAUAAAGUCUACUUUGCAAAACUCGCUGAAGAAGCACUUGCUGAAGCACUUGCUGACGAAGCCUGUGGUUGAAAAACCUGCGAAAGAUGGAUCCUGGUCAGGACAAGCACCAGCAGGGUGACCACCCGGAAGUUUCUGAAGACAAGGAAGAGGAGUCACACUGGACUUCACCCCCAGUCUCGGUGAACAGUACUACCAGCUCCAGUGAAGAUGAGGUUGGUAAUAACAAUACUAGCAGCUCCAGUACUAGCAGUUCUAGUAAUAGCAACUCCAGUACUAGCAGCUCCAGUACUAGCAGUUCUAGUAAUAGCAACUCCAGUACUAGCAGCUCCAGUGCUAGCAACUCCAGUGGCAGCGGUACUAGCAGCUCCAGUACUAGCAGCUCCAGUACUAGCAGCUCCAGUACUAGCAGUACUAGUAGCAGCAGCUCUAGUAGUAGUUGUACUAGCAGCUCCAGUGAAGACGAGGUUGGUAAUGACUGUACUACCGGCUCCAGUCCGACAGUGGACCGUUCUUACGCUGUGUUAGAGCUGCUUGAGAUUCUUCCUCUAAAAUUUAAAUACACAUGGGAUACCAGGAUGGCUCAGAAGCCUCAAGAGCCCAUUUUGCGUCUACAGGACUCCAAACAAACUGGGACCUCUCAACCUUACCAGGUAGGUUUGGAAGAGAACGCGGGUCUUGUGACAUCUGUGACUGGCAUGAACAGGAAGAGGACAAAGGCCAGUGAUGCUGAAGAGGAGUCCCGCGCCAAGAAGACAAGGCACAGUGUUGGUGAAGAGGAUCCCGUUUCGUCAUCCCCUGUCAGCAGUCCCUCACAAUCCAUGGCGCAUGAGGAUCCCCUUUGGUCAUCCCCUUUCCUCAGUCCCUCAUGUAUAAUGGAACAUGAGGAUCUUGAUUGGUCAUUCCCUGUCAUCAGUCCCUCACAGUACAUAAUGCAUGAGGAUCCUUUUCUGUCAUCCACUGUCUUGUGUCCCUCACCAUUGGAUUUAAUUUUGGAGGAUCCUAUUUUGCCACCCUCCAUUUUCAGUUCUUCACCAAUACCAUAUGAAGAUCACAUUCUGUUUUUCCCUGCCAUCAGUUCCCCACAAAGUCUAGGUUUGAAAGAGGAACUGGGUCAUGUGACAUCUUCGACCUGCAGAAAGAGGACAAAGGGCAGUGAUACUGAAGAGGAGCCCCCUGGCAAGAAGACUAGGCACAGUGUUGUUGAAGAGGAUCCUGUUCUGUCAUCCCCUGUCAUUAGUUCCUCACAGUACAUAUUGCACGAGGAUCCUUUUCUGUCGCCCACUGUCUUAAGUCCCUUACCAUUGGAUCCAAUUUUUGAGGAUCCAAUUUUGCCAGCCUGGGUCUUCAGUCCUUCAACUACAUUGGCAUUUGAGGAUCCCAUUCUGUCUUUCCCUGUCCUUGGUUUCUCACCAUCAGCACAUGGCAAAGAUUCAACUUUGUCAUCCCCUGAAGACUGUAUCUGGGUGGAGUCUGAAGAGGACAUAGAAGAGGAACCAAUACCAUCAACAGCUGGGAUUGGACCAGACGGAAUUAGAGUAAGAAAGAGUUUCAGACAAGCGUGGUUUAGACCUCACUACAACUUGUCAAGUGACUCUGAUUAGAUUGGGAUCUUGAAAAACUGAAGCCCUACCUGAGAAGUCCCAUUAGGAUAUCAUCCUUUCUUGGUUGUCUUUGUUAAAGCCAAUGGCUUUCUAGCAGGACCGAGGACGCCUUAGGUAGCGUUUUGCGCCGGGGCUUUUCUUUAUCCCACUGCUAGAUUUUUUAUUUUAGCUGUUAAGGAUUCUAGCAGGACCGAGGACGCCUUAGGUAGCGUCUUGCGCCGGGGCUUUUCUUUAUCCUGCUGCUAGAUUUUUUUACCUUAGCUGUUAAGGAUUCUAGCAGGACCGAGGACGCCUUAGGUAGCGUUUUGCGCCGGGGCUUUUCUUUAUCCCGCUGCUAGAUUUUUUAUUUUAGCUGUUAAGGAUUCUAGCAGGACCGAGGACGCCUUAGGUAGCGUCUUGCGCCGGGGCUUUUCUUUAUCCCGCUGCUAGAUAUUUUAUUUUACAUGUUAAAGAUUCGGGCUGGACAGGCAAUGCUGACUUUUUUUGCUGUUAAUCAAUGAAUGACUGAAUGCUGUAGGACACUAAUUUAAAUUUAUGACAAAGACCACACUGUUGAACAAAAAUCACUAAAAGGAGUCGGACAUGGCUGGUGCGUAAAAGAUAAACGCUAAAAGGAAUAAGACAACGCUACAGGAUUAAUACUAAUCUAAAACAAUCUUGCUGGGUAAAAAUCAAACCUCAAAACUAUUAAGACAACGCGGCUCGGGAGACUGGAAUCAGUACAGUACAACACUGCUGCAAACUAAACUCUUUAAAAUUUUAAGAACGUUUCUGACAGUUCUGAUUUUUAAGACAUGAAAAAACAAAUGGAGACACAGUAUAAUCGGUUGAGCUCUGGUAUAAACGGAUUGAAACAGCGGUUUUAAAGUUAUAACCAUUCUGGUCUGGACACUAUAUAAUCCACACAGUGACGCAAAUUUACGUAUGAAAUAACAACGGCAGCGACAGUAAAAAUGGAAGUUAAUUCAAAUGUUCAAGAGGAAGAGAGAAAUAGGCAGGACCUUUGGAUCCCAGAUAUGAACUGUUGAUCCAUGGAUCAAUCAUUUGGUGGCUGGAUUCCUAAACCUUCAAGUCCACAUGUUAAAAUGUCGUUUAAACUCGUUCAUAAUGGUUUUAAAGGUUGGUAAUGUUGCUGGGUGUCAAACCUAAAAUUUCUUAGGAAUGAGAAGAGAUAAUGCUUUUUGGGGCAAAUUCAUCUCUAAAGACGGAGACAACGCUUCUGCGGGCAAAUGAAAUCUUUUAAGUAAUGAGAAAUUUUAAUCUUUUAGUACUAAUAUGAUGUCACGGUGGACAAAAUAAAAUGUAGAGGAAUUAAAACAACACGCGUAGAACAAAUUAAAAUCUUUAAGAGAUAAAUAUUUGGUUAUGGCUUGGUCCAGUGACUUGGACCACCAUUGAUAUAUUCUGAGGACCACCUUUCAGGUAAAGACAAAAGUAAGUAUCAGUCCCAGACAGAGCAGCUGGCAGUGAUACUGCUUCUUCCUGUGCUUCUGUCUCAGUUUUCCUCUGUACUCUCCCAUGUUCCAGGGUGUAGUAGCGGUGCUUCCCCACAUGGUGCUCUCUAACAUAGUAAAUUGUUCUCACCUGUUCCUCCAUUAAUCCACUCUCCCAGUUCUUCUCUUUCAGGUUUUAGCUGCUCAUCGCUGGAUUCUUUCGUGGUUCUCCAUGUGGUUCCUGCUUGUUGGAUCUCCUGAGCCUGGAAUCCUCCACCUUCAACACCGUCAGUCAGGUGGAGGAAGAUAAGAGAACCUAGUUGGCGAAAAAAAGUAAGAACGUUUCUAUCUACUAAACAUGACGAAACAUUUCAGAUGGAGCUGAGUUGAGCUGAAAGUUACAAACUGGUUGUUUGCUGUCCAUGAUUAUUUUCCUCUUUAACUCUUUUGUCUUUUCUCUAUUUCAUUUUUCCGUCAACUCAUGUCACAUGACCUGAGUUGACCAACAAUUAAAGCAGAAGACCUGCUCCACCUGCUGUUCUACUGGUUGGAAGAGAUUGUGGAAAAGCAUCAGCGAGACAAGACAACAACUCUUGACCAACGAGGAGAAAGAAGACACAUAGGACUGAGGAGACGCUAAAAAUCCUGCUGGAAAACCAGAGAAGAUGUUUCCUGAUGAUACAGGGGGGGCAGCUGAGGACAGGACAGCAUAAAGAGAGAGAGAUCAUGUGAAGUUGGAUCUCCUGAAACUGGAAUCCUUCACCUUCAACACCAGCAGUCAGGAGGAGGAAGAUAAGAGAACCCAGUUGACAAAAAAACUGAGCUUUGAUGAACUUUGUGCUGAUGGACGGAGGGUCAGGAAUAGAGCAGAGGACCUGCUGAUCUACUGGUUCUAGUAGAUUUUAUAGAUGCAUGACUGAAACAAGUCAACAGCACUGGACCAAUGAGGAGAGAGAAGACAGAGAACUGAGGAGACAGAAAAUCCUGCUGGAAAUCCAGAGAAGUUUCCUGAUGGAUCAGGGGGAACAGCUGAGGGCGGGAUGCAGAAUAAAGAGACAGAGAUCAUGUGAAAUUCAAGGAUGGCCUUUCAACCCUGGAUGUCAUUUAUGCUUUGGAGCUUCAUGCUCCUGUGUUCAGGCCUUUUAUUUGCACAAAUGUGGAAAAGCUGACAUCACAAAUGUUAGAGGAAAUCUUUGAGGUUCAGCUCAGUGAAAAUAGCAGCACCAGACGACAAGAAGAAACCAGACUGCUAGGAUUCUCUUGAGACAGACCAAACCUCACUUUCCUGUUCAAACACUGUCAAGAUACCAAAACCCAAGACACCAUCAGUUCCAAAAAAAGACAUGGACUUUGGAAUACAAAACUCUUUGGACUUUAUUAAGUUCAAAUACAGAAUCAUAAAACACAAAUGUGGAUGUUGGCCUGUGAAGGCAGAUGUUCUGCUCUGUUCAACUGUCACUACCAACUGUUAUGACUAUUGUUGAAAACUGUAUUUACAUGUAAACAUUAGAAAUGAAAAUUUAUGUCAUCAAAAAUUGUUACAAUAAAAAGUGACAUACUAUUAA